ACUCCAACAUGUAGAGUAAAAGCAGCAGAGUAUAAAACUUCCCGCUUACAUGUAUAGGAGGAGCGACGAAAGGUCUGUGAACCAUACUAGAACCCCUGGGAGCAGAGCAACCAGGGAACAACACAGAGGACGAAUUGGCGUCUCUCUGCUCAGCUCAGUGGUUCCCAAACCUUUUCUGUCAGGGCCCACACUGAGGAUAUUGUAAUAUUGUAAGAUACAUCAUAAUGGAACGCCUUUCAACGCAGCUUUAAUUUUAAACCCUGAUCAAACCAGUGAAAUCCAUCUUUGAUCUCAUGGUGUCUGCCCCAUUCGGUCCAUCUGUCCUGAAAGAUUGUUCAGUGAAAUAGAAUGACAUCCCUGGUUCACUGCUGUCGGAUGAUUCAGGGAAGUCACUGGAGCAGAAGAGAAGGGUUUCUUUCUCACUCACAGAAAAGGAAAAGAGGAACAACUUUGCGUCCCUGGGGGGUAAAGCAUCAUAAUCAUCUUCAGCAGUCACCGACAUCCACGGUUGGAUAUUUGCACAGGAACAUCCUUCAAGAAUUGUUUGCAACUAUUGGUAUUAAACGCAUUAUGAGGAGGUUUUUUAGGCAAGAAGAUCCUUUGGAAUUUAUACAUUGGAUCUUUCAUUGCCAGGGCAACAGUAUCCAGUGACCUUCUGAAGUCAGAGUGCAGGAGACGGAGUUCAUCAUGCUGUACUUUCAGGUGGUAAUCCUAGCAUUUGCAGUGAUGCUGGUUUACUACUGUGAAUUCACGGACACUUUCAGUCCUGCACACCAGGGCUUCGCCUGCAGGGACCCAACUCUUUCUAAACCAGAUCCUGGACCUGAACAGGGCAGCCGCGUACAGCCAGUAAUACUGUACUCUGUGGUGGGGGGACUGCCUGUGGUUCUGAUUUCAGGUGUAGAGCUUGUUAUCUUCCUCCUCCACUACAACUCAAACAACCUCUACGACCAGGAGAAGGUGGUUGUCAUGGGGGACUGUUGCUACGUGAACCCUAUGCUGUGUAUGUCUUCGGUCUGUUCACAACAGACAUCUUUGUCAACGCAUGUCAGCUGGUCACAGGAUGCCUGGCCCCUCACUUCCUGUCUGUCUGCCGGCCUAAUUACACUGCCCUCGGUUGCCUGGACACACAGCACUUUGUCAGCCAAUCAGAUGCUUGCACUGGUGACCCUGAUGACAUCGCAAGAGCCAGGAAGACCUUUCCAUCCAAAGAGGCUGCGCUGAGUCUGUAUACAGCUGUUUACCUGGCAAUGUACGUCACUUCCUGUAUCGGUUCCAGAGGAGGCUGUCUGACUGCCCCCCUCCUCAGCCUCUCAUUGGUCAGUCUGGCUUUGCUGACAGGCAUCAACCGAGUGGCCGAGUAUCGAAACCACUGCAGUGACGUCGUUG